AGGGUGCAGCGAGGGACCGUUGCAGUUCAAAAUCUAGAGCUGCGGGAGGAGCGCUGAGUGUCAGAGAAAGCGGCGCCGAGUACAGUAAUUUACCAUAACACACAGAACUGCUGGAUUAACCUGUUAACUUCUCAUUGCGAGCUUUUGAUAGUUCAGGAAUUCGUAAAAAUGUCGAAGAAACAAAUUUACUACUCUGACAAGUACACAGACGACGAGUUUGAGUACAGACACGUCAUGCUGCCGAAACAGCUGUCCAAGCUGGUGCCUACUUCCCAUCUAAUGUCAGAGGAGGAAUGGAGAGGACUUGGAGUUCAGCAGAGCCAAGGAUGGGUCCAUUACAUGAUACAUAAGCCAGAGCCCCACAUACUACUUUUCCGAAGACCACUUCCCAAAGAAUGAGAAUCAGAGAACUGGACCGGUGACCAAGCUGAAGUGGUGUGGUCUGCUUAGACCCUGUGUGCAUUUCUUUCCAUGUGUUUUGGGUUGUAUAUAAAGCUCAUUAUUUUCAGAUCUAUGGCAUUGAAAUGUUACAAAAUGUUACCCUCACUCCCCUUUGAUUUGGAGGUGUAGUAGUGAAACUCCAAAUGGAGCUUUUUGGGGAAAGAUCAGCCCCAUGUGUAAAGAAGUGUCUGUCUAGAUCUACACUGUGUAACAAAACGCUGGGUGGGAUUUCAUGUUAUUUCAUCAUUGACAUGAAUGUGAUAGUUUGAAAGAUGUUGGUAAUAUUCUGUUUUAUUUUACAUUGGUGAACAAAUGUGACCUAGUGUAAUUCAGUAAAUAUUUGGACUGCAAAGAUGUAAGGUCUAAAAUUUUACUUGGUUGGCUUUUGGCUGCACUGAAUAUAUCUAUAAACAUCUCUACCUUGUACAAAUGUAGGCCAGUUAACUUGUUCAUUAAUUUAUUGUUUGGAACAAGUCAAUAAAUACUCUUUGUUUACAUAA